CAAGUCUCUCACAUCAUGUUUUGGAAGCAGGUAAAAGAAUCCAAUAAUGCAAGUUUCCUUUCCAAAGUUAUCAAGUUUAACUAGCCUCUCGUAGAGCUCUAUAUAGGAACAAGAUUUUGAGAAUAACCAUCAAAUAUCCAAGAAACCUCAGAUACAGAAUUUGCAAGACAAUCUCUGUUUUUGUCCAUGGAUGACCUUGUUUUGUAUUUCCUAGGGCUUUGUUUGCCACUUCUUGCACUCUAUGGGGUUGUGAGAUGUUCCUACUCAAUUUGGUGGAAACCCAGAUGGAUAGAGAGGAAGCUGAGGCAACAGGGGAUAAGAGGCUCACCCUACAAGCUGUUGGUUGGGGACAUGAAGGAGCAGACAAGGCUGAUAACUGAGGCAUGGUCCAAAUCCAUUAAUCUCAACCAUCAAAUUCUCCAGCGUGUCGAUCCUAUGACUACGGUUACUGUUCGGAAAUAUGGGAAGAUGUCGAUAUUUUGGUUUGGGACAACUCCAAGGUUGAUCAUUUGUGAUCCGGAAUUAAUCAAAGAAGUGCUUGCUAAUAGGCUAGGUCACUUUGAAAAGCCGCUAGUAAACCCACUUCUUCGCUUGCUUGCAAGAGGAGUAACAGACUUGCAGGGUGAGAAGUGGGCUGAACGCAGAAAAGUGAUCAAUCCUGCUUUCCAACUAGAGAAACUCAAGGUUAUUUUCUCCCUUGCUUUGAUUUUGUGUAAUCUGAACUGGAAUUUGUAUGUUAACUUCUCUUUCUGGUUUCUUGAAUUUAUUUUGAAGGGGAUGAUACCAGUAUUUGCAUUCAGUUGUAACAGGAUGAUAGAACAAUGGAAGGAGAUGGUCCAUGAUCAAGAAACUUGUGAAGUGGAUGUAUGGCCAGAGCUUCAAAAGGUAACUAAGGAUAUUAUUUCACGGGUUGCAUUUGGAAGUAGUUAUGAAGAAGGGAAAAAGAUAUUUGAACUUCAACAAGAGUCGAUAAUGCUCGCUGUUGAAGCAACGAAGAGCUUGUAUGUUCCUGGUUUCAGAUUUGUACCAACGAAGAAGAAUCGGAGGAGAUACGAGUUGGCCAGAGAGAUCACAUCAAUGCUGAGAGAUUUAGUUGAGAGGAAACAAAAUGCAAUGAGAACUGGAAAAUCAAAGCUUGAUGACUUGCUAAGCUUGCUCUUGCAUUCUAAUGAACAGAACAGUUCUAGCAAUGCAAGUGGCAGAAAAGUUAAUGGGUUGACAAUUGAAGAGGUAAUAGAGGAAUGCAAGGUUUUCUAUCUGGCUGGCCAAGAAACAACCUCAAGCUUGUUAACAUGGACACUGAUAGUUUUAGCUAUGCACCCAGACUGGCAAGAAAAGGCAAGGGAAGAAGUUUUACAAGUUUGUGGGAAGAGUGAACCUAAUUUCGAAGCUUUAAAUCAUCUAAAAAUUGUAACCAUGAUCCUGAAUGAAGUCUUAAGGCUAUACCCACCAGUAAUUACUCAGUUUCGACAUGCCUACAAGGAAUCCAAGAUUGGAGACAUGACCAUUCCAGCAGGGAUUGACCUUGUGCUACACACAAUGCUCCUUCACCGUGAUCCGGAGUUGUGGGGUGAUGAUGCUGAAGAAUUCAGACCAGAGAGAUUCUCUGAAGGAGUACUGAAGGCAUCUAAAAAUCAUUUAUCAUUCAUCCCUUUUGGUGUGGGUCAAAGGACCUGUAUUGGCCAAAACUUUGCCAUGUUAGAAGCUAAGACAGUUUUGGCUAGAAUUCUACAGCAUUUCUCUUUUGAGCUUUCACCUACCUAUUCUCAUGCUCCUUCUAAUUUUCUGAUGCUUCAGCCACAGCAUGGAGCUCAAAUUAUACUACACCAAAUAUGAGUUAGGUUCCUCACAAGCGUAACAAAUUUCCAUAUUGUGAACAAUGUCUCUUCCAAAAUUGCAGAAGAUUAUUCUUCCAUUGUGUGCCAGAUUGCUGCAAUAGAGUUGUAAUCACUUACAAAUGUUGAAUUCCAGAAAUAAAUCCCAAAGAUUGUGCUGCCA